GUAAACAAUCAGAGGUCCGGGCCCGCGGCCGGCACGCACCUUUACUGCUGGCGCUGGCCAUCCUUGGUGAGGAUCGGCGCUUGGCCCAAAGUCGAUCGAACUUCACUUCAGCUGUCAAUCAGCCCAGCGCGCGCUCGCCUUAACUUUCGUUGUCAUAUGCUCUUGUACCUGACUCUUGGAUGACACCCCAUACCUCUUCGCGAAUUUUCUUCAGUGGCAUGGAUUUGUCCAAUUGUAUUGCCUUAACAAAAUUGGUGCGAUGAUUGUGAAAACAGGUGAAAACUAGAAUAAGAGGUUUGUUCCUCCUGGUCUGUUUGAACGUCGGUCGAAAAAUGAAGGAGAACGGCGAUAAUUCGGAGCCACUUCUUAAGAAAAGGCGAAAAGCACCUCUGAAUACUACUCCACCAACACCGGUGAAGUUUGAAGUGGAAGAUGUUUAUCAGAAUGUAAUUGAUUGGGAAGAGAAAGAGGCUGGAAUGAGAAAUCCUGACAAAGACCAUCAAACCUUUGUUGAAACAUGUGAUCAGUUCAGGAAAUAUUUGGAAGAAAUUGCCACAUUGAAGAAAAAGGGAACUCCAGAGGCCAAGGCACUGAUUUGUGAAAAAAAGGCAGAGGCUUCCCUUUUGUUUGUAUUACUAAGAAAAUUAAACCGCUUGGAGAAGCUUCGUGUUAAGCAAGCAAGAGCAUUAUUGUUCAGUAUGAAAUCAACUGUUGAUAGCAAACAUUUACAGCUUCAAAAUCUUCUGUAUGAAGUUCUUCACUUACAGAAAGAAGUAACAAAAUGUCUGAACUUUAAGUCUUUGGAUGAGACAAUUGAGCUUGUACCUUUGCCUGAAUUUUUGAGGGAUGCUCCUGAGUCACUAAAGAAAGCUGCCAAAGAUCAAGAUGAUCCCCAUCAGUUGCAAAAAGCACGCCUUGAGUGGGAACUGCAGCAACGUAGACAACUUUCUGAAAAGCUAAAAGAAACGCAUGAAGAAAAAGAUAAAGUGGCUAAAGACAUCGAGAAACAGCAACAAAAUCUCGAGGAAUUGGGGCCAUUACUAAGGAAAAUUCUCGAUGCAACAAAGCCUGUUGAGGCAUGUCUUGGUGUUAAAAUGCAGGAGACAAAAACUCAACAUGAGCUCUGUUACCUGCUUCCUCAGCCUUUGUUUUAUUUAUAUGUACAGGCUGAUGCCUAUCAGCAAGCAAGUGAUCCUAAUUUAAUUGUGAACAUUGUCGGGGAUGAAGAUGAGGCGCGUAGAUUGAAAGGAUCUAAAGGUCCAACUGAAGCUAAUGAGGAUGAAGACUCUGAUUCGGAGCAAGAGCUUGAUAAUGAAAAAGGCAAACGACGUAAAAGAGGUCACCGUGCUGUUGAUCGUGGAGAAGAGAGAAGAAAACGGUUGUGUUCAAAGCACCCUCUAAAUGUCACCUUAACCAUCUGCUUGAAAGAUGGAAGCAAACUGGAACUACAAUUCUCUUAUUUAUUAAAUCUCUGUGUCGUAUGUGUGAAGUGCACUGUGCAUGUAGCUCAACAAAUAACUGGACUUUUUGCAAGAGAACUUGUUUCUGCAGAAAAAAUUUUGUGCUCCCUUUAUCCUGGUGACCUUGGAUUGGAGAGCCCUAACUUUGCAAACCACUAUCAACUCCAAAAUGUUGGUUUAGGUCAAUUUUCAGAGCUUAUACCACAACUUGGUACUCCAUAUUUAUGGGCCCAAAAAAUUGCUGGAUUGGAUUUUAUAUCACAUGAUAGGAUAUCAGGAUCCUCCAGCACCCAACAGGCCAGGAUUGAAGUUAGCAGGGCAAGUGUACCUAAUACUAUUGUGUCAUUGCAUCAAAGAUUCAAGGCUUGUCUAGCACUUUGCAAACAAGUUCAAAGUUUAGAAAGUCGAGUAGUUCCCCCAAUACCAUCUUUGCAAAAUUUGGUGCCAAAUAAAAUAAAUUCUCAAGUAAAUGAGUUAAAGCCAUUAACUUGGGCGGACUACAGGUCAAAUAAGAGUACGCAGUGGCUCACAGAACAGCACCAAGUUGAUGAGUUUGAUUCGUUUUACCGUUUGGUUAUUGCACGUGGACCAGCUCGAGCUGUUGCUCUGAUAGCAUUAAAGAACACCUACCCAGAGUCACCCCCAUUAUUUACACUCGAAAUAAUCUGGAAGGGAAAUUUCACAGCUAUGGAUAGUAAUUCUGUUCGGGACAUUGAAAAAGAAAUCAAUGUACAUUACAAGGAAUUGAUUGUUGGACAAAAUUGUAUUGAAACUCUUCUUCUUGCUCAAGUGACACGAUUAUUAUAUUGCUUUGAUGUUUACCUUGAAGCAACCUCAGAAUCAGAUGAAGACAAAACUUUGUUUCCUCGUGAAAAAGUUUUUAUCCAAUCAACUCGGGGCCGCACUCGAGCUUUGCCUCUUAAAUACUCAGAAUUUGGCGGGGGAAUGUUCACUCAACGAUAAAGUCUUGCUUCUUUGUACAAAUCAGAUUGUUACCUUUUGUUAUGUCCUUAAUAUGUGUAGGUAGUUUAAAAUCAUCUUGAAAUUGAAUGAAGGUUUUUCAUGCGGUUUAAUAAAGGUAUAUUAUACAGCA